CACCUCUGGGAUUGUAACGAGCAGCGCGGCGUCAUCAUCAUUCUCCUCUUCGUCCGCAAAGUAAAACCUCUUCCACCUUGUCCGCCAUGCAGCGUUCUCCUCCUCUCCUCCCUCCUGCACGACUUCCAUGCUCUCUCAACGCUGAGCGGCCAUCUUACCCCCACCUGCAUUCGGAGAGGGAGAGAGACAGCGGCGUCAUGGAGGAAAGGGACGAAAGUGUUCAGGAGACGCUGGUGAGUGGCCUGGGUUCAGGGCAAGCAUUGCUGGGCCUCGACUGGCAUCUUGGGGGAUUGCUCCUCUAUAACACAAAGUACACACGUGACGGAGGCGGUGUGACGGGAGGGGGAGACAGUGACGCGAUGCUCGUGGAGUGUGAGCGUGACGCCAGUAUGAGCUGCCCCGUGAUGCGCACCCUCUACAGCGAACUGUACAGCAUCUUUUCCUCCCUACAACAGCAGCAGGGUGCCGGCCCUGUCGACAAGAAACAGUUGGUGGAAUUUAGCCGCAGCUACCGUUCAGUGAUGAGAGCAACCAUGGAAGGCUUACAGAAGAUGGCAAUGUCAACUGAGGACCAUAUUAAGUUGGACUAUUGCAAAGAACAGGUGCAGGCACUGCUGGACUUGGAGCUGAUCUGGAAUCUGUGCGAGGUUCUUUUUGUCGAAGCAGCUCAAGCUGGCCUCCUGGUGCCCCUGCUGCUGGACUGGGUGCAUCUGCACGGAAGCCACGUGGAGACACAGGCGCAGCUCGUGCUGAGCAGCAGCAGCCCAGGACAGCACCCUCAGUACUGGGACACGGUGCUGGGCUUUGUGCUUCAGGGCCGCAUAGGAGAGGCGCGACAACUGCUAUCCCACACAGCCUCCUCUGUGCCCCCCGGCUCUCGGAGUCUGAUUAAGCACAUGGACACGUUGCUCAAACGGAUGCCCUUCUAUACGGCCUCGCAGUCCCUGGCCGAGUUCGACUUGAGGUGGAGACACUGGCAGGAGGAAUGCCAGAGUGUGCUUCGGGAGGGAGCCUUUGCUUCUCACCAGCACCUCGAGCUCCUGUGCAAGAUCCUGGCCGGGGAGGAGGAGGCGCUGAUGGAGAGCAGGGGCCUCGUGCGGUGGUACGGCUACAUGGUGGCUCGCCUGCUCUACAGCCACCCCACGGCCAAGCCCUCCGAGCUGCAGCACUACGUACAGGCGGCCUGCUGUGUGUAUGGGAACGACGCGGCCUCCUCCCCGCUCGACCAGCUCCUGCAAGUCGUGUUCGACAUGAACCUACACCAGCUGCUCAAGGACUGCAGCUUGGCGCUUAACAACUGGUGGUUCGUGGCACAUCUCAGUGACCUGCUGCAUCACUGUCAGCAACUCCAGUCGGGCACCAGUCUGCGUGAGUUCCUCCUCCUGGAAUUCGCCACGAACCUCAUGGCGCAUCACAGCCUGUGGAGCCUGGCGCCGGUGUACCUGGAUGCGUGCGGUGAGGAGGGCCGCGCUGUCAUGAAGCUGUGGCUCGUGCGGCUGCCCCUGCAGAGCGAGCGCAAGGCCCAGAAGGUGCUCAGGAUCUGCCAGGAGAGGAACUUGCAGGAGCAGGCUCGCGGGAUCUGCAAGGAGAUGGCGGUGAGGGCAGUGCGCUCGGGGAGACUCGGACUCGCGCUCAACUGGAGCCUCCGAGCGAAAGAUCCUGCACUCACCACGGCACUGGCCGACCGGUUCCUGGACAGUUACGCCGCUCGUGGAGCUUUCUGCGACUUGGAGCUCAUAGACAGCCUGGGCUCCUCUAUCCUGCUGAGCGACCGUCUCACCUUCCUGGGUAAGUACCGUGAGUUCCACCGGCUCUAUGGAGACCGGAGGCUCCCCGAGGCUGCGCGCUUGCUGCUCACGCUGAUGACCGCUCGAGUGGCCCCCACCGGCUUCUGGCUCACGCUGCUGGGCGACGCCGUGCCCCUGCUCACUCACCAGCAGGUGAUUUUUGAUGCUGAGCAGAGCUCACAGCUGCUGGACUGCUUGGAGGAGGCCGUGGAGAGGAGCUCCGUGGGAAAAUGGGCAGGAACGGAUCAGGAGCAGGAGGAGUACGAGGAGAAGAAGGAUCUCAUCCGCAUGGCGAUCGUGCAGAACCUGGCACGUGCCAUUGUUGGCGAGGGUUCGCUGCCUGUGCCCUGAGCCGUGGAUUCCCGAUCCACUCACGUGGGAGGCUCCACUCUCCCUGCCACGGACAGCGCCUGCAGUUCGAGAAACUUCUCAGUGGGGCGGAAUCUCUUUGCAGGGUGUGAAAAGGCGUCAAUCCACAGAUUCUCGAACCAUCGUGCCACGUGUUGGGUAAAUGAAUCUGCGUCUUAUGGCAGGAUCAAUAGUUGAAGCCAGAUUGAUGUUAAAUCAUUUCUUUACAUAAAACCGAGGCGGUUAUCACUUGAGUUCAACAAUGCAUUUUUUCUUAAAUGCCGCCUUUACAUUUUGAUAUUAAAGUGGAGCUUGUCAAAUUGUUCCGUGGUGUGGUGGUGGUUUCCGCCAGCGUGUGUGCUUCACCAUUGCCUUUCUCCUCGUGAUUUGGACACUCGUAUCAAGCGAGCCAUGUGAAUCGGCCAAGUGGUGUUUGUGGCAAUGCGCAAACUUGGUGUGUUUAUCCAUUGUGUAAAUGGCGCCAUGGUGGCGAGAUGUUAACUACCUCGACUGCUUACAAGAGGUCGUGGGUUCGAUCCCGACCCUGCUCUAUAUUUGGAAUUUGCUUGUCUCUCUUCCCGUGGUCACGUGGAUUUUUCUCCGAGUCCUCCGGUUUUUCCCUCCAAAUUUACAAUCAAUGUGUGUAGAGUAUAUUACAUACCUUGCACAGCGAAUCAAAGUGGACUGAAUAAAAUAACCUCCCUUAGAAAAAAUAGAAGUAUCUUUUUUACAUCACCUACAAUUUUACUUUUGGGGUUAAUAUUUUUAUAUAACCGUUGGUUCAAUGCAAGACCCAACCCUUGACACCUGUACAAUUGGAGUUUACUUGUCUCUCCACAUGGUGGUGUGGAUUUUCCUCCAGGUCGUCCGGCUUUUCCCUCAUUCAUAAUCAACAACGCACAUUUUCUAGUAUUUGGCUGUCAUAAAUUUCCACGUGAUAAGCCUCUUCUUUGAACUAUCAUUUGUGGCCAGGUCACUUCUGAAAAAGAGCUACAUAGCUCAGUAGGCCUUCUUACCUGGUAAAAUAAAAUAAAAAUUGUUUUAGGAAAUGUAAACUGUUCAGUCGGGUGGUGGUGGUGUCGGGUGGUGGUGGUGGCGGCGGUUACACACCUGGCCUGUUUUUAUACAGCACUGUGGAGGCAGCAAGGUUCGGUGGAUCAUUGCACUGAUAUCAAACACCUUUCCCGGUGGGCGUCGAGGUGGAGGAGCGGUGGUACAGCAAAAAAUGUGGACUCCUACCUAUCCCGUCUGUACGGGAUAGAGCGUUUCCACCUCGCACCUUCAUAUAUCAGGGACCGCAGGGAGCUUCAGCAAUUGAACGUAUUGGAGGUACAAUGGUGGUGCGUGUAGUAAAAAAAAAGCAUGUAUUAAUUAUUUACUUUUACGCUAUUCGCAAACUUGGGUCAGAAAAUAUUGCGGGGUUUGUGGUGCUUCAAAAUCAGUUCUCGUGAUGUCGAAGUGGUCGUAAGACGAAUGUCCGUUCAAGUUUUGAUUUUAGAACGGUUUUUGAGGGGAUUGCCACGUGUGUCAUUGCAAUAUUCGCAAAUUAGUCGGGAACUAAACAGUUUUCCAUAAUAGAGGUUUUUUUGGUUCGAGUGCGUGAAUAUAAAUGUGUCGUUAAACCCCCCACCACCCGACACAGCCAAUUAGUAAGGUUUGUCACGUAAACAAAACAUGCCAAUUCAUGACUAGAAACUUCGUACUCGAAUUGUAAAUGUUGUGGGUUUACUCUCCAACACACUGGUGUGGUAACUGUCGGGUUGUGGUGGGUUUAACAACACAUUUAUGUUUACGCGAUCUAACCAAAAAAUAUUUCAAACAAACUGCUCUUGUGACCUGUCCUCAGGAUGCAUUCUCCCACCACCACGUCAUCUCGGUGAUCACUGUUGCUACCUACAUAAUUUCUCAUCUCAUUGCUAAUUCUAAUUGGGUCUUUUUUAAUUUUCAUAAGGACCGACAUUCUUCGCACUUCCAGGCAUUUGGACCCGUCACUCGUCCUUGACUGCCCUUGUGUGGAUCUUGCCUUUGAAUUUCACGGCGUCGGCUCAUCACAGAGAAUUCCUGUUACCUUUCUUCAACUACGCCAGCCGCUUUUUAUUAAAUUCUGCCCUUGCUGCACUCUCCCAUGUAGUUAGGCCCUCGCUACUCAGUUUCAAUGGCCGGCGUGAAUUCGACCUCUACAAAUGCAGCAUUACGCCGAUCACGGCUCUUUUGACUGUCCCUACCAUGAGCGAUCGUCCAGCAUCUAAUGGAAUUGGUUUUGGUGGCUGGACGUCGGUGCGGACUCUGCCUCGUCUACCUGGGGCGAUGCUGUCUCUGGCAGCACAUUUGAGUAGCAUUCUGCCUUUCGGCAGGAUUUAUUCCACAGGUUGCAAGAAGUCAAGUUGAAUGCUGACCUAAAAUCAACGAUCUCACCCUGUUCUCUGCCACACGCCCUGCUCGGCUCUGUUGGUGAAUGGGUCGCUCCUUUUCUGCUGCUGCUGCCCCCUAGUUUUUUCCACUCAUUACACACACAAUAUGCUUGCCCCAAAAUGAACUACGAUACCUCACUGAUCUCGUCAUGGAGCAUAAAUUACCAUCACGCAAUCUCUGAUAAUCCCUGUCGCAACAGCAGCAACGGCUUUUGGCUAACCGUCAAACAAAGACGGGUACCACAUAGCUGCCAUUUUGGAUGUGCUUCAGUGGCCAUCUGGAACGCUCUUCCGAUAUUAGGUAGCCACUGGGAGCUUUGCACUUUUAAAUCUUGAUUGAAAACUGAUUUCUUUAGAACUGAUUUUUGUGUUUAGUUUGUUGUCCUUCCCCUGCACCUCCGAUUAGCACGGUUGGCUAUGUACGAUGCGCAUAGACGUUCAACGUACAUAGUCUGGAUUUCCCUUCUCGCCCCUGCACUGCUGAUUCCAUCCUAUUGUGUAAAGUCUUAAGUGUAUGAUUGAUGCCCCCAUUUAUCGUUCAAUCGCACCUUCCGAGUAUAAAAAAAAGCCUUUGCUUCGUGAUGUGCAACACAUUCCACCUGUUGACAGAGCUUUGAAGGGGAGCUUCAUUUUCACACUUUAACAAAUUGAAAUAUAACAUUUUAUCUUGGGAUAGCGAUGCAUACAAAAACAUACAAUCGAGAAACGCAUCAACAAAAUCCACAUUUUGUUCAUCAAAAUCGGCCCAGGGUUGUCUGCGAAUGUUGAUGUAUAGCAGUAGCUAUAAUUUGACGUUGAUGUGCUUGAGCCAGAUAAUUGCAUCAGGAGUAGUUGUGUGUCACUGUGAUGAUGCCUCCUCCUUGGUAUUUGUGAAUGGGGCAUUGAGUCCGUUAUAUGAACAUGGUGGCGGUACACCGAUGCAGAAUAACACACCGGUCCUUAUAAAACAGUGCUAAAAUUAAAACAUUAUUAGCACAUCCGUUUAUCAGUCUUAAAUUGAGUGAGCUGCAGACUCUCCAUCAGAAGUUGCCUCAGAUUCUGCAGCUGCUUUUCCCACUCGAGCGUGUGACACCACCAUGAGUGGUCACCUUUCGAUGCCACUGCCCGCCAAAUAAUGAUUCCAGAAAUGAAUCGAGGAACCAUCCGACCAAGUCUAGGGCACGAGGAGUCAAAUCUGCCUUUGGAACACGGAGCGGCUAUUCGUCAUCAGGCUGGGUCCUGCUCUACGACAACAAGACUUAAGUUUCGUGGACAGCCGCUCAUUAACAUUUGUUUUCUGACUGCUUCGACAUCACGAGAACUGAUUUGUGACGCACCACCCCGCAAGGCUUUUGACCGAGGGGUUGCGAAUCGCGGGUAAAUAAAUUAGAGAAAAAUGUUCUAUAUAUUUUUUUAUACCACACACUCCUGUACAUCCAGUACGUACAAAUAUUACAUGGUUCUCUUCUGAGUUGACAAUUUCUGCACACUGGAGAAUCUUAAUUUUCCAUAUAUGCAUUAUCGGGUAUCCCCACCUGCUGCUGCCUAUGGUUUGUGCAGUGGACGGCAGUUCAGAGUUGUGGGCCACAUGAGCUUUAUGGUGGAAGAUCGAAGGCAGCCAUUUUCUCCAUUGUCAGUCGGGGUCCUUUUUCGUGAGGAGGUGUUUGCGAGAUCAAGCAAGCUGGAAUGCGUGGAUGAAUGCGGUGCACGGGCUGGUGGCCGAUGUUGCGUGGAAUUGGUUGAUUCGGAGAAUGGAUCACCCGAGCUAACGCAGAUGUUGUGGCAUUGCAAAGAUGGUGACUUGAGUUUUUUUUUAACCAGGUAAGGCCCACUGCGCAGUUUCCUUAGAUGUCAGAGGUGCGGAAAGCCACAGACAGUGAAGGCAGCCAGCACCAGCGCCACCAAUUGCCCAAGCUCUGCGGUCCCCAUUCAAUGACAUGAUUAAACUCAACUAUUUUAAACUAUACAAUGAUUUUUUAUUUUAUCAGGUAAGGCCCACUCAGCUAUAAUAGCCUCUUUUUUUCAAAAGCGAUCUGGCUAUCACAAUAUAAUAGCCCAAUGAAGUUGGUUUACGCAUGGAAAUCUAUAGCAGUAUCCAAACAGCUCGGCGCAUGUUUCUAAAUGUGGAGGGGAAACCCGGAGGGCCCGGAGAAAAAUCCACACGACCGCAGGGAGAGAGACACGCAAACUCCAAAUAUACAGGCGAUGGGUUCUGGAUCGAACCCACAACCUCUUGUAUACCAAGCGAGGUAGUUAACAUCUCGCCACCGCGGCGCCUCUAAGCGAAAACACCUGAACGUUAUAUUUACGUCUAUUUCAAGAGCUUAAUAGGUGGCAGCCACUUAUGAGUGCAGUUUACAAUACAACGUCAACCCUACUAUACGUUGUAACUUAUGUCGGGGGGGGGGGGGGAGGAUUAGUAAUAGGCGACUUUCACUCUUUGGCAAGUAAUUUGUGAUCAUUAAAAUAUCCUCGCAAUCAGUGGCGGCUCCUGCAAAAUCUCUCAGGGGGGGCAAAUGUCUGGAUGAUUGAUAAGGAUAAGGUCCACCCAUGCAAUGGAUAAAUUAACAGCUUAAGCAUGU